UGCCGGGGCUGCUAAACCUGCUAACGGGGGUCUGACCAGGAGGAGGAGGCUGCAGCUGCAGAGAAGGCAGUCAAAGUAGAGGACCAAGCGAUCCCUGGAGAAUUGGGAGGGUUUCUUAACGCGUAGGAAGCUUUUCUCAGAAAGACGACAGCAUGUCUGAUUUCGACAGCAACCCUUUCGCAGACCCGGAUUUCAGCAACCCCUUCCAGGAUCCUUCAGUGACCCAGGUGACACGGUCUGCCCCUCCUGGUGGUCUAGAGGAGUAUAACCCCUUCACAGAUGCCAGAACGGCAGCCCCUGGAAGCGUACCCAAAACUAAUCCUGCCCCGCCCCAGAACACACAACCCGCCAUCAUGAAGCCCACGGAAGAGCCGCCAGCUUACUCACAACAACAGACUCAGCGGCGUAAUGAGGACCAAGCACGUGCUCAGGCCGAGUUGUUGAGAAGGCAGGAGGAGUUGGAGAAGAAAGCAGCAGAGCUGGAUCGUCGGGAGAGAGAGUUACAGUCCCACGGAGUAGCAGGCAGAAAGAACAACUGGCCUCCAAUGCCUGAAAGGUUCCCCGUUGGCCCAUGUUUCUACCACGAUAUCGCCGUGGACAUUCCCGUAGAAUUUCAGAAGACUGUCAAGAUUAUGUACAACCUUUGGAUGUUCCAUGCAGGCACGCUCUUUGUCAACAUGUUUGGCUGCCUGGCAUGGUUCAUCGUAGAUGCAUCUCGUGGUGUAGAUUUUGGCCUGGCCAUGCUCUGGUUUCUGCUCUUCACCCCGUGUUCUUUCGUCUGCUGGUACAGACCGCUCUACGGGGCUUUCAGGAGUGACAGUUCAUUCCGCUUCUUUGUCUUCUUCUUCGUCUACAUCUGUCAGUUCGGAGUUCACGUUCUUCAAACUAUUGGAAUCACUGGCUGGGGAACAUGUGGCUGGAUCGCAGCUCUAACUGGUCUGAACACCAGUAUCCCAGUGGGCAUCAUCAUGCUGCUCAUCGCAGCUCUGUUCACAGCCCUGUCCGUGGGCUCGCUCAUCAUGUUUAAGAAGGUGCAUGCCCUGUAUCGUACCACUGGUGCUAGUUUUGAGAAGGCUCAGCAGGAGUUUGCAACCGGAGUCAUGUCUAACAAAACCGUCCAGACCGCCGCUGCCAACGCUGCCGCCAAUGCCGCUACCAACGCUGCUCGCGGGGCCUUCAAACCUCAUCCAUAAACACAGACACACACACCGGCAAACCUGCCCGCACAUACGAGCAUAUAAACAAAUACUGGGAAGAUGGAGAUGCACAACUCUGGCCCAAAUGAAUUAUAUUUCUGAAUGUUAACCAUGCCCACUUUCCUUCUGAAGUGUAAAGUAAAAUAACAAGACAAGCGGCCAGAGUUGUUCAUCUUCACCUGAAACGAAGAUCAGAGAAAGCGCUCCCACAUCCGCCCUGUCUGCUUUCCAGUCAGGUGACUGUCCGUUCACAUCCCUCAGAACAUCUAAGUAACUCGAGGUGUGCUCCGAGUGUGCGGGAUUUCAUCUCGUACUCUUUACCCUCUUCUGCUUUUUUUCCCCCUUGAAGUGAUCCCAGAUCAAGCGUAGGUUCCGGCGUACUUUAGUUCUGUCGUGGUGAUGACCUCCAAACAGCUUCCUGCCUGGUACAUUCAGUGUAGAGUUGUUCAAAGUGAUAAACUGAUGACGGUGGUUUUGCACAUACUUCUGUUUUCUUGCCCACGUUCUGAGAGUACGGUGUCUGUUUGAAUGGCUGGGCUUUCACGUGGAUGUGUGCUUCAAGAAAAAAAAAAAAAGUAGCUCAGAUGGGGUUUUUCUUUGUUUGUUUUGUUUGAAUUUGAUUCAUCCAUUGCUUGGACAUGGUGGUCUUCAAGGUAAACUAUACCUUGUCCUGUAUAUGUGUUUCUAUACUGAGACAAAUAGCACUCUUCAAAAUGGUAAAAAAAAUAAUGAUUUCAUACGAAUGGGAAUUUGUUGGUUCUUAUUUCAGGACUUGCCCCUAGUAAAGCAACUGCUCUUGCUCCGUGCGCGACAUUGAUAAGGCCGGUUCAGUGUCUUCAAAUGUGACAGCAUGAUGGCAACACGCAUGUUUAGCGCACGCAAGCUAAGAGUUUGGCUCCAUACGGUCGUCCUGUCCACUGCCCUUUUCCAGGCUACACAGGUAGAUGGUUUUGGGCGGGGAGGUAUGUGCUCACCCCGUUUCCUGCCAGAAGUGAAUGCACGUCCUAGCGGCUGUCUGAAUGAUGGUGAUGGUCUGAUUAGUGACUCGACUGGACCGGUGCACUAAUAGUAAACAAGAUAAAGAGAAUUGGCUACAUUUUCAUUUAUGUGUGUGCGACAAUACAUCACAACUGUACGUGGCUUUCCCUCAGUUGUUUUUGUAGUUCUUCUUCACAUUAGCUAAAAACUAACGCUGCUAUGAACCCGAGAGCCGCCCGUCGUGGCCUCCCGCCGUCAUGUUUCCUGUUGAGAAAGACGCGUACCAUUCGUUGGGAGAACUGAGCUGCCUUUUCUCACAGAUGACCUGGACACUAAUAGUGCUACCAUUAUUUUUCUUGAGAUUAACCUGCAUAUAUAAAUAAGAACAAAAAAAACAAAAAAAACACUGGCACUGUGUAUAUGUACACAACAUACACUAACAGUCCUUUUCUGUUGACUUUCCUCCGCCAGUAGUGUCCUACUGGCGUCAGAGGUUUUGUAGCCGAUAUAAACAUAAAUAUAAGAGGUUUGGAUUGACGCACAUUCAGUGAUAACACUAUGGUACUUUAAUUUAUAUAUUGUAAUGACAGUGGAACUCGGCACUAAAGUUGUACAAACUACAGUCACUGAAGUGAAAAUAGGAAAGUGUGGGGGGUUUUUGUCAUGCUUAAGCACCUCAUAGUGAAGGUGAUUGUCUGAAAAUGUGCAUGAUAGACGAACGAUACCUGGUAUUGCUGUUAUUACAUGACAUGCUUCCAAAAGUGUUCGGGAGUUGAAGGUAUAGUAGAGAAUCUCUCAUGAAAAUGUUUUUGGCAGCAUUGCUUCUGUUUGGAAAUACUGUUUUCAGCUGAUUGCACAUGUAUUGUUUUCUGUUGAAGUUAGGAAAAACACAUUUUUAUUUAUGGCUUUAUUUAAGUUGUUUUGCGUUUUAAGUUUUCUUUUGUGGUUUUGUGAUGACAUGGCCAUAGCGUCGGCUAGGCUGCAAAGAGUGUUCAACGACUUUGCAACUUGGCCUUGUAAGAAGCGUGCUUGUUGUAUGAGAAUGUGUGUUUAUGAUUGGCAUAAAAGAAAACAAAAAAAAUCCCUCAAGUGUUAUUCUAUAUCCUGAAAAGCUGUGAGAAAUCUACCAAAUGUCCAUAUCGAUUUGUUUUCAAAUCUUGCGUUGUGAUGUGCUUCCUUCUGUUUUACUACUUAAAGCUAUUCCACAACUUUUAUUACACCCCCCCCACAAUGAUUACCAUGUAUUAAUAUUUUUUAGCAGUUGUCAUAUGAAGCCAUGCCACAGUGGAACAUUUUCUUAAAUGUAUUUGAUGAGAUGGUCUGAAGUACAGAAAGUGUGUUGAAAUUCACUAACACAAAACUGUGUUUUUGGUCAGUGACUGUGUUAUUUCACCGAACCAGAGAAGAAACUCAUCCAAAAAGGGACACCUGUAUAUUUUGUAAAGUUUGAUUCCCAUUACCAAUCAUGUGUAAAAAGAAAAAAAAAGUAAUGCACUCCUGUCUGGCCUUUGUCGCAUGUGAAAUAGUUUCAGUUUUGUAUAUUUAUGGUAUUAACAUGAAAUAAAAUUUGA